AUGGGACGGCAACCGAAGCUGAGUUGCAUGACAGAAAGAGGAUAUCAUCAUAAUAUUCUCGAGCAAAAUUUCCCCAUCCACGAAUUACGGCACGACGGCGCGAACAAGUGCGGAAAUGAAAAUCUGGAUUCCAAGGGUAGGGCAAUAUUGAUGAUUUUAAGCAGAGCCAAUAGACUCGGUGCACGGUUUGUGAGGGUCAAAUCCAGUAAAUCAGCUUCAAACUUUCUGAGAGCGGCAAUUUGGUCACAAACCAAAACGUAUGAUGGUUGGGCAGAGUCCAUGCUUGUCCGCCGGAUUGGCUCGGGUUCACGGGAAAUUUUAAGGCGGGUCCUAAAACCUAUCUCGAAUAGUCGAGGGUGUCGGAAGGUCCUAUCGGAUUUGGCCAGUCUGGGACAGAGUCUGGGAGAAAGUAUUGGCGUUCAAUGUUUCAAACGAGUCGCGACCAUGUCCAUCAAUCCCGCCAACGCGUCCGCCGCCCAAUAUCUCACUGGAAUAUUAAUGCUGCAUGUUCAUGCUCCGCCUCAACUCUGCCCGCCACUCUCCUUACUCACCCAUCUCCUUACCCGCCCCUCUCCCUGCCCGCUCCUUCUUGAAACAUUCAUAUUCCGCUUGAAGGUGCCGAUCAAUGAGCUCACUAUGUUGCUGUAUGGAAGCAAAAAAAAGACUCGCAACGUCCAUGGAAGAAGCGUGAGAAACAGUGACGGAAGUCGGUCCUUGGCGCUGUUGCAGACAGUCGAGGCAAAAUACGUGCGGGAAACAAGUAUUGAAGAAACGGACGGACCUCACGUACAAGAGUGUGACGCUCCAUUAGCGCUGUACUUCUCGCCCAGCCAACCUCGUCCUGCACUCCCUGCCGAUGAGCUCGAAUAG